AUCCGCCAGGUCCGAUAGCCUAGAAAUCUUACGCCCUCGCGGGUGUACGAACGACUCUGCUUCCUGACUCUUUGCGAGUGGUCGUAAAUAACAACAAACAUUGGAAAUGCUCCCUUCAUGAGCUUCUCGACAGAGGUCCGCACGGGCCAGCCGGACCCAGCUUUUAUUGCAGAAUUCCGACACGGGGCGGAUCUUCAUAACAAGGGGAUGGCGCUUGAGCGACAGGGAAAGCAUGCCGAAGCGAUCACUGUCCUCAGAAACGCUCUUGGGCUCAAACUGGAGACUAGGUCGGGACAGCUGGGGCAACUUGACGACGCCGAAGAGAAUAUUCGGAAGGCUCUCGAGAUUGUCAGCCGUCUGAGCUCGACGUACAACCCAGCGUACUACCGUGAUAAUCUGGGUCUGGUGUACGAGAUGAGGGGUGACCUCGCUGAAGCCAGACGUAUUCGCUUUGGACCAACUCCCGACGAAUAUCUUUGCAGUUAUGCCAAGUGUCAACCUCAACAGCUCCGACCUCUCAAGCAGUUGUCCAAGUGCAGUCGUUGCAAGUGCAUUCUGUACUGCUCAGCCGAUUGCAUGCGCAGCGACUGGAGGCGCCACAAGAAAUUUUGCCGUAAGAUUGAGUGAUUGCGGC